UUCCGUACAAAUGUCAAAACAGCUGCUAAAAGGAAAAAAACAAAAACACAGAAACGCGAAAAACAAACUUCUAUAUUUUAGAAUUAUCAUUGUUUAUUUGCAGAAAGUUCUGGAAUUAACUUAUACCACAAUUCAUUUAUAUUAAAUUCCCUCUAUAAUGAGCGAAAUAAAGGUGGAAUUUGCGGUGAAAAUGUGUGGACCAAAGUGUGUUGAUAGCGUACGGAAAGCACUACAUGGUAUGGGUGAUGUACAGUUUGAUGAGACUGAAGGUAGAGUGGUAAUAACCACAACUGAACCGUGGUUUAAAAUACAAGACAAAAUUGAGAGUACCGGUCGUAAAGCAGUACUUUCAGGCUAUGGUGGUCAAUCGGCAGUGGCUAUGAUAAAUACUACAGGCAGAACUAUUGAUCGUACACCUAUACAAGGAGUAGUACGAUUUAGUGCAUUGACAAAAGAUACGGCUGGUGUUGUUGUAGAUGGUGUGGUAGAUGGUUUAACACCCGGUUUGCAUGGAUUACAUGUACAUGAAACCGGAGAUGUGUCACAAGGUUGUGCAUCUGUUGGUGCACACUAUAAUCCACGCAAUUCACCGCAUGGCGGUAGAGAUGAUGGUCCUAAUGAAAGACAUGCUGGUGAUUUAGGAAAUAUACGUGCAGAUGAGAGUGGACGUGCAAACUUUAGAUUUAUUGAUCCUAUGAUUGAAGUUUGGGAUAUAAUUGGCAGAUCAGUUGUUAUAACAGAACAUGAAGAUGAUUUGGGACGCGGACAAACGCCACAAAGUUGUAUUGAUGGUAAUGCGGGUAGAAGGCUUGCUUGUGGCAUCAUAGCACGUGCUGCAGGUAUAUUACAAAAUUAUAAAAGCUUCUGUGCUUGUGAUGGAGUGACGCUGUGGGAUGAACGAAAUAAGCCUUUAGCAGGUGGUAAUCGUUCACAAAAAUUAUAAACUUUAAAAAAUUCAAUUUUUGUUAUUUGUUUUUUGGUAUUUUUAAGA